AUGGCUUCCGAAAGCACUGUUUUCCGUGCUAGUACUACUGCCCCCGUAAAUAUUGCAGUCAUCAAAUACUGGGGGAAACGAGAUGCGUCUCUUAACUUGCCGACGAACUCUUCCCUGUCGGUGACUUUGUCUCAACGCUCCCUGCGUACUCUUACCACCGCUUCUUGCUCGGCUGUUUACCCCGCAGCGGACAGCCUGACUCUCAAUGGCAAGCCCCAGGAUAUUCAGUCUUCGAAGCGUACUCUUGCCUGCCUAUCCAACCUCCGGUCUCUUCGCCAGGCGGUUGAGGCCGCUGACCUCACGCUCCCUAAGCUGUCCACGCUACCCCUCCGCAUCGUCUCCGAAAACAACUUCCCUACUGCUGCAGGUCUGGCCAGUUCUGCUGCUGGGUUCGCAGCUCUUGUUCGUGCUGUUGCGGAUCUGUACCAGCUUCCACAAUCCCCUAGGGAAUUGAGCCGUAUUGCCCGUCAAGGUUCUGGGUCCGCUUGCCGGUCUCUGAUGGGAGGAUAUGUGGCUUGGCGCUCUGGGGAACUCGAAGAUGGAAGCGACAGUCUCGCCGAGGAGGUUGCCCCGGCGUCUCACUGGCCCGAAAUGCGUGCCCUGAUUCUCGUCGUCAGUGCGGAAAAGAAGGAUGUUCCGAGCACAGAGGGCAUGCAGACGACUGUCGCCACCUCGAGUCUCUUCGCUACACGGGCAGCCUCCGUCGUCCCCGAGAGGAUGGACGCUAUUGAGACGGCUAUCCGUGACCGGGACUUCCCUGCUUUUGCAGAGAUCACGAUGCGGGAUUCCAACAGCUUCCACGCAACCUGCCUUGACUCCUGGCCCCCGAUUUUCUAUAUGAACGAUGUCUCCCGUGCUGCUGUCCGUCUAGUGCAUGAUAUCAACCGUGCUGUGGGUCGGACUGUUUGCGCAUAUACAUUUGAUGCAGGCCCGAAUGCGGUCAUAUAUUACCUUGAUGAGGUUUCUGAACUUGUCGCCGGCACGUUCAAGGCCAUCUUGGGCGGUACUACCGGGGGCUGGGAAGGCCCAUUCGGUCAGCGCCUGGAAAAGGUCACUGCUCCCGGUGUCUCAUUGGACCAACUUGACUCUAGAGCCGUUACUGUCCUAAAGGAUGGUGUUGCUAGGGUCAUCCUCACUAGCGUUGGUGAAGGGCCAGUUAGUGUCACCGAACACCUGGUCAGCGAAAAGGGAGAGAUUAUUAUCAAUUAG